AUGACUUCAACUCUUCACGAAAAGGCGCUUGAGCCUCCGUUCAUAACCGUCGAAGGGAUUCCCAACUUUCGGGAUCUAGGUGGAUAUCCACUCGCAUCGGGACCAACUUCGCAUUCCGUAAGACAGGGCGUUGUCUAUCGCUGUGGUGAGCCUCAAAGAGUCACGAAGAAGGGAAUUGCUACUAUGCAGCAGUUAGGAAUUACUCAUAUCUAUGAUUUGAGGUCUCAAGAUGAGCUUAUUAAAGGUGCGGCCGCUGGUAGGGGUGGAGUGGUAGAGUGGGAGGGCUGUCAGCGAGUCUUCGCACCAGUAUUCCCGGCGGAGGACUAUAGCCCGGAAAAAAUUGCCAUCCGAUUUAAGGAUUAUGCCUCAAAGGAUACCGAGGGUUUCACUCGGGCAUAUACCGAUAUCUUGAACAAUGCUCCAAACUCAUACAGAACUAUUCUUCUCCACCUUGCAAAUGAACCUUCCAAACCAUUGAUCGUUCAUUGUACAGCCGGUAAAGAUAGAACUGGUGUUCUUUGCGCAUUGAUCUUGUCUCUCUGCGGAGUUGACGACGAGGUUGUCGCACGCGAAUAUAGUUUGACAACAUUUGGACUUCCGCAAGAGUGGAAAGCAGGAAUCAUCAAGCAUUUAAUGGCACACCCAGCCAUAAAAGACGACCAUGAAGGAGCAGAAAAUUUGAUUAGCUCCAAAGCUGAGAACAUGCUCGCUACUCUUAAGAUGCUCCGAGAGAACUUUGGUGGGGCUGAAUCAUACGUAAUAGAGAAAUGUGGUCUUACAAUUGAUGAGGUGGGAAGGAUUCUACCUUCACGAUCCUUCUCAUUGACCCCUCCACAAAAUGCACGAAGAGCUACCAGAGCAAGGCGAUCGCUUUUCAGAUGGCUUGGCACACAAGGAGAGAACUUUAGAAAUCCAUUAGACAACUCAACAAAUUACAUGGGUGCCUACAAUACCGAUGGUAAAUUAAAAAGAGUCGUGGAAGCAGCGGCGGAUGCGCGAAAAGAUGGUGGUCCAAAGCCCGACAGUCAAAAUGAGCCUGAUGCAAAUGGCAACAAGGAAUUGCCGCCACAGACCGCGAGAGAUAUGAUACCAUUCCCGGGCAAUCGAAAGUUCAUAAGUCAAUCGGUGUUGAGCGAAGAACUACGGGAGCUCAUUUGGACAAAAAUUAUGCAGGAUGCUAAGUCGGUGAGAGAAGUGAGUGCCGAGCUUGGAGUCGAAAUGAGCCGCGUGGGAGCAGUCGUACGUUUGAAGGAGAUAGAGAAAGAAUGGGAACGAGCGGGAAAACCUCUUGCGAGACCAUACGCCAACGCUGUCAUGUCAAUGGUCCCUGUGACGCAACUCAAUACAGGGACUAGUAGAACCACACACGAAUCGAUUAACGACUUACCUAUUCAUGUAGCAACCGGACAACAAAUCUUCCACCCCACUUCAGAAUCAAGACAUUUUACCCGAGAGGAUGCUGCGAAGAUUUUCGACGAGAGACUUCUCCCCGCAGAUCAAAGAAUACCACACCCCGAAUUGAUUGAGAUGCACAAAGAUUUCAAAGCUGGAUUGUCUCGAGAUGAACGAACUGCGCGACAAGAUGCGCGAGAUGAAGCCGAAGAACAAGUGAGGCAACGUAGAGCUGAUCGCAAAGCGGCGGAAGAAGCCAAGAUAAUGAAAGUCAACACACCUAGGUGGGAGUUCAGAAUCAAGGAAAUCAAUGUUGACGACAUUGGUAAAGAUGGUAGAGGAGCACAUGGAACAGGUUGGAGGUAUGGAAGACCUUUGAUGGAUAGAAAGAGGGGACAGUGCGAUUUUGAGUUGCCAUUUUGCGUCGCGGGUAACGAUGAUCUAUCACUUCCUAAAGGCUUAACUUGUGUUCCAUUCCCAUCUUCAUAUCAUAGGCCACAUCAUUUGCAUAAGAAAUACCCGUUGUGGGCGGAGGCUAUAGCCAUUCCUCGACGAAUAUCAAGUCUAGCCUUCGAGUCAUCAUUGAAGAACAUGGAGAAAGUGUGUUUGACUUCGGGUUAUCUUUCAGCUUCACCCGAGGCUUGGGAUCCAUCAAGAUCCUCGUCUAGACUUGAUCUCAGUGGCAAGCGUCUCGAGUAUGUGCAGAAAGUACUGGAAGAUAUCCGAACUUGGCAUAAAGAGGUUUCCAUGUCAAUUUCGAGAUCACGUUCUGCAACUCACCAAAGUUGCCACCAGAACAAUUUUGACAUAGUCCCGCGACAAUUUCAUAAACAACAGACCCAUCAUAUUAUUAGCGCAUUUAUGGAUCCUCUACAGCAAAACACCUCGUGGACUCAUGUCUCCAACGGGGACUAUACAACUUCUCGAAGGUAUACUUCUAGGUCACUUUGUCCUGAGUCUAAUCGUUCUACUCUCUGGAAAAUCGAUCCUAUUCCCUCCAGUAUCUACAAAUCAAAGCGGAUGCAAACUACUGGGAUCAAAAGAAUUCCCAGGCCAGUCCCUAGUCCGAGAACAUCGAGCCUUGGUGCUACCAUGUUCCCAAGACGGAGGAAUGCCAUCCGGGGUCGAAUUCUUCCAAAGCCAGUUUCUAUUGUCCAUCCAACCAUGAAACAGCAUUCAUGUCAAUCACAAGCGACAGAGGAUGGCCUCUUCAGCCCAGACCUUGAUCGUUGCUUUGGUUCCUAUUGGGAUGGUGAAAGUUCUUUGACCGAUACUCAAGUUAAUGGAAUAAUCGAUGACACCGAUUCUUCUCCGACAGUCUUUGCACAGGCAGAACUUAUCUUCCACGCACGAGACCAGUCAAAUAAAGCUAUAGGCGGCCAAGAUCACAAGGACGGAAUUCCUCAUAGCAGUACUGUCGUUAGGCUUUCCGCAAGACGCUCAAGUCUGCAAGCUAGCGAGUCCAUCUUUAAAACGCCUUCUUUACAAGAAAACGAAGAAGAGAAGGCUAGACGGCACAUUGCAUUUGUACAUUCGGCGUUGCGAAAUUUAGUACCGUUUGAGAUCUCGGAUUACCUCUACAGAGUUUCGCAAUCGUCGGAAACUUGUAAUGAUUCUAGAGAGUCUUUUUUAAACAGCUUUUCGGACAUGGCACCGCCAUAUAUUAGGUCUAAUCCAGCUUUCCAGUCUUCUAAGGCGCUUGAACAAGAUGGGGACUCUACACCUGGGUUUGGUUUCUCGUUCAAAAGAACCUCAAAUGAACAAUCUCCUCUGCAACCUCCGGAUACAAUCGAUAACCCGGCAACUGUUCAAAAGAUAGUAACCGAAAUUCUUCCUGCCAGUUCAGGUCUAGCCUUUGGCAAAGACGCCCGCGACCUUCUAAUUGAAUGCUGUGUCGAAUUCAUCACGCUCAUCUCGUCCGAAGCAAAUGAAAUUUCCGAAAAGGAAAGCAAGAAAACUAUCGCGUGUGAACAUAUUACCAAAGCCUUGGAACAACUAGGCUUUAGCGAGUAUGUCAAGGAUAUUGUGGAUGUAGCAAGUGAGCACAAGGAACAAUUGAAGGGAAGAGAAAAGAAAGCAAAUAAACUCGAACAAUCGGGUCUUACAGCAGAACAAUUAUUGGCAAUGCAGGAAGAAGCAUUUAGAGAUGCGGCGCAACGUCAUGGUUGA